CUGCCGCCGCUGCUCUUCCUCGCCGGCAGGAGUCACGUGGCGGGCUGCCUCUUUCCCGCUGCCUUUGGUCUCAGCGGCGGCAAGAGCGGGGAGAGCCCGGCAGGGAGAUCAAGCGGCGUUGCUAUUUUAAAGUCGGUUCCUCUCCCCGCCUCUCCCUUUGCCAGGGAGUUCCUCAAACCCCGGGAUCAGCAUGAGUGCCAGAGCUCUGUGCGCCAGGCAAAGGUUGCACCCUUGACUUUUGUGCGUGCCCGGGAAAGCAGCGAGCGAGGUUGUGUGUGUGUGUGGUUUUUUUUCCUUCCCUGAGGUGGGGGAAUUUCUGCUGCCAAGGUGGGACGCUUCCUCAGUGCACACCCCACGCGCCGCUCUUUUGCAUUGCUGAGCGAUUGGUGAGCGGUUGGUGGCAUCCCUGCCGUGAUGAAACAGCAUGGGUCGGGCUAAGUAGGAACUGCUGCUACUUGGACAAGUAUGCUUGCUGCUCCCCAGACGUGGCUGCUGCAGCAAUAGUUGGGUUGCCUUCUUGAAUGAAACUCCUCAGGGGAGAGAAGGAAGGAAGGAAGGAAAAGAAUCCCCCAAGCAUUUCUUUCGCCAGGCUCAGCCUCCCAGACUUGGCUCAGAAAUGGAGACGGAUGGCAUUGAUCUUCACAGAAUUCCCCGCGAGUCAUACACCGAUGGUUCAUUUCAUGGGGUGGAGUUUCUGCCAGAAGAUUUCAGAGACUCUCCUAAUGAAAGAACAAUGAGGGUGAAUGAGAAAUACUCCACGCUACCUGCUGACGAGAAAGGGAUCCACAUUAUCAACAUCAGAGCUAUUGAAGAUAUAGGAUACGUUCGCAACGAGAGUACGUUAUUAAAUUCAUUCUCGCAAGAUCCUGACGCCAACUGCAAGUAUGGACUUUAUUUCAGAGACGGGAAAAGGAAAGUGGAUUACAUCCUGGUUUACCAGUACAAGAAGUCCUCCUUCAGCAGAACGCUCACCAGGCGGAUCCAUUUCAAUGACCUGGGGCCUCGGAGCCUCAAACAGAACCAGCCGCUUCCUGGGAAAGCGGGGCAGGUUAAUAUGCACAACAGUGAGCCCCACAUGGAUUACCAUGAAGAUGACAAGAGAGUCCGCAGAGAAGAGUACGAAAACAACCUUAUGCAGGCCGGCCUUGAAUUGGAAAGAGAUGAAGACACAAAAAUACAUGGGCUUGGAUUUGUAAAAAUACAUGCACCUUGGAAUGUUUUGUGCCGGGAAGCAGAAUUUAUGAAACUGAAGAUGCCCACAAAAAAGGUAUAUCAAAUUCAUCAACCUCAUGGCCUAUUGAAAAAAAUCAAUUCUGUAAUUCAAAAAAUAACAGAGCCCAUCCAACCUAAAGUGGCAGAACACAAACAUCAGACAGUGAAACGACUUUCCUACCCCUUCUCCAGGGAGAAACAACACUUAUUUGACCUCUCUGACAGAGAUUCCUUUUUUGACAGCAAGACCAGAAGUACCAUAGUUUAUGAAAUAUUGAAAAGAACUACAUGCACCAAAGCCAAAUAUAGCAUGGGGCAAGGAGAGGGAAGAAAGAAGGAAACUACCCUUUUAAAUAAAAGACGAAAAUGUGGUAAAUAUGGGAUCACCAGUCUGCUUGCCAAUGGCGUUUACAGUGCUGCAUAUCCCUUGCAUGAUGGGGAUUAUGAAGGUGAACACGUUGAGCACAAUGACAGAAAACUCCUGUGUGAGGAAUGGGCAAGUUAUGGCGUCUUUUAUAAGUACCAACCAAUUGACCUAGUGAGAAAGUACUUUGGUGAAAAGAUUGGGCUGUAUUUUGCCUGGCUUGGCGUUUAUACACAAAUGCUUAUUCCAGCUUCCAUUGUGGGGAUUAUCGUGUUCCUGUAUGGCUGUGCAACAGUGGACGAGAACAUACCAAGCAUGGAGAUGUGUGACCAGAGGAACAAUAUUACUAUGUGUCCCUUAUGCGAUAGAACCUGUAGCUAUUGGAAGCUGAGCUCCGCUUGUGCCACAUCUCGGGCAAGCCAUCUCUUUGAUAACCCAGCAACUGUCUUCUUCUCAGUCUUCAUGGCUUUGUGGGCUGCUACAUUCAUGGAACACUGGAAGAGAAAACAGAUGCGUCUGAACUACAGAUGGGAUCUGACUGGGUUUGAAGAAGAGGAAGAGGCAGUCAAGGAUCACCCCAGGGCUGAAUAUGAAGCUAAAGUGUUAGAAAAAUCACUAAGGAAAGAAUCCAAAAAUAAAGAGAAGGGCCUGCAAUUGCCAGAAGAGGCAGCCAACAAAUGGCGACAAAGAGUUAAGAGAGUCAUGGCUGGGGUGAAAUUGACUGAAAAAGAAAAACUGACGUGGAAAGAUCGUUUUCCAGCAUACUUCACAAAUUUUGUGAGCAUCAUUUUCAUGAUUGGACUGACAUUUGCCAUUGUUUUUGGAGUCAUAAUAUACCGAAUCUCUACUGCAGCAGCUUUAGCCAUCAGCUCCACUCCCGGUGGCCGGUCUAAUGUUAGAGUAACUGUCACAGCAACUGCAGUGAUUAUUAAUCUGGUGGUGAUAAUAAUCUUGGAUGAAGUAUACGGCUGCAUAGCCAGAUGGCUGACCCAGAUUGAGGUUCCGAAAACAGACAAGAGUUUUGAAGAACGUCUUAUCUUCAAGGCCUUCCUUUUGAAAUUUGUCAAUGCCUACACGCCUAUUUUCUAUGUGGCUUUCUUCAAGGGCCGAUUCGUUGGACGCCCAGGAGAUUAUGUCUACAUUUUUCAUUCUUUUCGCAUGGAAGAGUGUGCUCCCGGUGGUUGCCUAAUGGAAUUGUGUAUACAACUUAGCAUUAUUAUGUUGGGCAAACAGCUGAUUCAGAACAAUCUUUUUGAAAUUGGCAUUCCAAAAAUGAAAAAAUUCAUAAGAUACUUGAAAUCGAAACGACGGCGUCCUGGAGACCACGAGGAAUAUUUGAAGAAAAAACAACGCUAUGAAGUAGACUAUAAUCUGGAGCCUUUUGCUGGUCUUACUCCAGAAUACAUGGAAAUGAUCAUCCAGUUUGGGUUUGUAACCCUGUUUGUUGCAUCUUUCCCACUGGCUCCCUUGUUUGCACUCCUGAACAACAUCAUUGAAAUACGUCUGGAUGCAAAGAAGUUUGUUACUGAGCUUAGAAGGCCAGUUGCAGUAAGAGCAAAAGAUAUAGGAAUAUGGUAUAAUAUCCUCAGAGGUGUAGGAAAACUUGCUGUGAUCAUCAAUGCAUUUGUGAUCUCAUUCACAUCUGACUUCAUUCCACGCCUCGUGUACCUGUACAUGUACAGUGAAAGUGGCACCAUGCAUGGCUUCGUGAACCAUACGCUAUCCUAUUUUAAUGUCAGCGAUUUUCAAGAUGGAACAGCUCCAAAUGACGCUAUGGAGCUUGGCUACCCAGUCCAAAUAUGCAGAUACAAAGAUUACCGAGAUCCCCCAUGGUCUGAAACUAAAUACGAUAUUGCAAAGGAUUUCUGGGCCGUGCUAGCAGCAAGACUUGCAUUUGUAAUAGUGUUUCAGAACUUGGUCAUGUUUAUGAGUGACUUUGUGGACUGGAUUAUCCCAGACAUUCCCAAGGACAUCAGCCAGCAAAUUCAUAAGGAGAAAGUUUUGAUGGUGGAAGUCUUCAUGAAAGAAGAACAGGGGAAGCUGCAGCUGCUGGAAAACUGGGGGGGCAAGGAGAAAAGGAAAGGUGAAAACUGUAACAACCAUAGCCCCAGGUUGUCAAUGAGCCAUAGAGGGAGUGCGUCUUCCAUUCAUUCAUGUCAUGUUGAAGUGUAGAAGAGGAAGAGGUUUUAUUCCGGGGCAUUCCACUCAUAAGCAAGCCAUUACUUAAAGGAUAGGACUUGAUUCUUUAACAGCCUGGUGCAUGUUUAAGCAUAUGCAACCAUUUUGCUUAUAUCUAUGUGAGAAAUUAUGUUCUUACAAAAAUGGAGGACCAUAUUCUGUUUCUGACAAGGAUCUUUUAGGGGUUUUAUUUGCACAAAAAGCAAUGCAGGGAUUUUUUUUUCUUUUUUACAUAUAUCUAUAUUUCAUGGUUAGCUUAUAACUAUCACUGUUUUUAUAUUUUAAAAAAACAGAACAGGUAGGCUAUUCUCUUGGGAAUUUUACUUUAGCUUAUUUAUUGAAAAAUGGUUGAGGGUUUUGAAUAAUUAGAGGCUCCCCAUUCCUGAUAAGCUGUAUGGGAGCUUUACAGUUUGCAAAGCAAAUGAAGAGCAUCCUGUGGAAUUCUUCCUUGCAAGACGGAGGAAGAAAAACUGUGCUUCAAUCUGCUGACCUUUUUGCAAGCAGAAAUCCUGUUGUGUUUCCUGGGCUCUAUGCUGAACAUGCAAUAUUUUCUCUUAAGCCAAAGCAGUGGCAAGAAGAUUUUGUUUCUCAUCUGGGGUAGAAUCCAAUUCAUCACUUCACUCGCGCCAGUGAACAAAAUGAUGGGGCCAUCAGCCCAGCACUACUGAGAGCAGUUUGUUUGAAUAUCUUUCAUUCCUUCGGAUGUGAAAGAUGAAGGAUUUGUGAAAAGGGCAUUUAUGUUUAGUAAUCCAGAGUGUCUAAGUGCACAUUCCAGAGGGGGUCCAGAGGACAAGAAGGAAUAUUAGCAACAGCACAAUUUCCCCAAGCACUGAGGGGCCUUUUUUCAAAAAGUGCCCCGAAUUAAAGAGCACACACACAGCUGCUAGCAAAUUGCACUGCCCUCCACAAACCUAGGAACCGAGUUGCUGAAGGAAUAUGUUAAACGAACUUAUUCCCCAAGCAAUUACAUUCACAGGUCAUCCUGCUCAGUGUAGCUGGACAUCCCAUCUUCGAUUACAUCCCGUAGUUCCAGAUACCACAGCCCCCUAUCAUUUCACUGACCAGAGCAUCGUAACUCAAAGCAUCUUUUAGAUAAGCAGUUACAAUGACUCAGCUGCCCAGUUCCCUGACAAAGGUAUCCAAAUAUUGUUCUCUGCCACUUUCCAGAUUCUCUGCUGCUUUCAAUUCUUUCGCUCUUAUCAAAGGGUUGGAGCAUCUUCUCUAUGAACAUUUGAGGCUUUUUUUUUUUACUAAAUUGGGAUAUCUUAUGCAAUUAUGACUGGCACAAGGAGAGAGAGAGAUAUUUCUCCCUCGUAAUAUUCAGGGUCACUCAAUGAAAUUAACAAGCAGCAUGCUCAGAAGAGAUAUUAAGAAAGUACUCUUUCACACAAUGGUUUCUUUGUGUGAAGCUUGUAAUUCCUGUCGGCUCAAAAGAGACGGGGAGGAGAAAUGGGUGUGUGUGUGGAAGGAGUGGAAAUGAAUGGCAGAAAGGGGGAAUCAGCAAGUGAAAUACAAGAGGAAGAGUGAUAGCAGGCUGAGUUGAGGGAAGAAGAGCCCAUCAGAGCAUGUGCUGGGCCAAGGGUGUUCCUCUGCAAAUAUACCGGUAGUAUAGAUUCUGGUAUGGAGUUAUUCCUGAGAAUCCUUGAGGAUAUUUUUUAAUCAAGUUUAAGAUCAACAGAGCAAGCCUAUGCAUGUUAUCUGGGAAGUAAAUUUUCCCAGGUAAGCACAUAUAGGAUUACAACUUAAUAUUACCUUUGCCGUAGUGGGGAUAAUAGAACUCAAGUUCUAAGCUGUGUUUUGGGCCAGAUAUUUCCACCUACAAUGAUUCUGUGGAUGAAAAUAGACCUUUUAAUUUUUCUAGCUUUUGGGACUCUGUGUCCACUUUCAACAUUCAGAGCAACACUACCCCAAAUACACUCUUCCCUGAGCUUACUAUAAAGCUUAUAGUAUGAUGAUCUACCUAUUCUGUCCAUUCCAGAAUAUCUCUGAUGUGCCUACUAUUAUACUACUAUUUUAACACCAGGCUCUCCUGUUCCCUCAUCUUGUGUCGGAGGCUUCUAGCAUCAGCAUAUAAAUAUUUCCAUGUUGCAUCUCCUGCCAAAUCCCCUUUUUGUGUGCAGUUUUCCCUAUGACCCUAUCAAGUGCCAUGCAGAAAGAAAUAAGCCUGGGUUGCCUUUGCAAGUCUACCAUCCACAAAUUGUUCUGGACACUUCAAAGUUGAACAAAUCCUCCUAUGAACACCUAGCUAGCCCUCGAUUGCAAUUGUCACUUUACAGUUUGUACUGGUAUACGGACAGCCAAGUACAAGAUAUGCAUGCCUCUCAUCACAUCUGAAGAGCACCUAUGUGUAAAAUUGAGUGCAUGCCUCUUUAAAAUAACAGCAACUGGGAGCAGAUCACAUGCACGUCCUUCAGACUUGAUAGUAACGGUUAGCAUUUAUAUGGCACUUUCCAGAAUACAAAAAAUAUUCAGGUACAUUAUGUUGUGGAAAAUGUGAUGAUUAGCAAGUGUACUUUUUGUAUGCCAUCUGUAAAACAUAAAGGGAUAGAUAGAUAGAUAGAUAGAUAGAUAGAUAGAUAGAUAGAUAGAUAGAUAGAUAGACAGAUAGACAGACACACACACACACACACACACACACACACACACACACCUGUUGCUGACCCCCAACAAGUAACACUUGCUACUUCUUACAGGCUGAGGGCCCAACAGCCUCCUUUGGGUCUUUUUGGCAACAUAUCUCCAUCUCCUGGGAUGGAGGAGGAAAGAACUGGGAAAAUCUGUUUAGUGGCUGCUAGGCAACCAUCACAUACCCUCCCUACAAUUUGCAAACAUUUGGCAACAAAUGGCACUGGUGACAGGGUCUGGGCAGCCAAGGCUCAUGACAACAUUCCUUCCAAUGUCAGUCUCCAGGGAAAGUAACCCAAGAGGAAGCUCCGGAUAACAAGUCUGAGAGCUAGAACAUACCUGCCAGGUCCAUCUGCUCCACGGUUAUAUCUAGUGCCAGGCCUACUGCUUAGGAUAGGAUUGCUCCAAAAAUAUGGCAUCCUAGAUAGAUAGCCCCAGUGAUGCAGGUGGACACAAAGAUGGAAGUAGAAUCAAAAGGGCAAGCACCCUGAGCAGAACCCCCCCCCUUAAUUUUGCCCCAUAUACAUGUGUAUAUGCCCCAUUAUUGUGUGUGUUCCUGGCAGGGCACCGGCUCCCUCUUAACAUACACCUUCUAUGCAUAUCUUGAGCAAAACCAACAAAGCAAAAUAUAGAAUGUUUGCUUCAUGUUACGUACAAUAUGAAAUGUUCAGAUAACAGUCUUCCUACUUAUGAACUGCAGCGCAUCAUCAUAUAUACCAAAUAAAAAAUAAAAAAUCCUAUGCUGUGUAAGUCGAGGGUGAAAUUUAGUUUUAAUAGAGAACAAAAAUCAAUUUCAUCCGCAACUGCCAAAGCCUGGCAUUAUAUUGCAAAUUAACUUACUGUAUGGUUUGUUGCAAAACCAAAUGUCCAAGAGUGUUAUAUUUCAAUUAAAAUAGCAUUGUUGCAAAAUAAUAGAAAAUAAAAGCAAAAUCAUCACAUAGUUUUGUAGUACUUGUUAGUUUUUAUACAAAGUAUGCAGCAAAUUCAUUCUAAAGUAUAAUUUGUCCGAAACACUCUUUACAUGGAAGUUAACAAAAUGUUGUCCAACAUGUUUAAAAUACCAAUCUAACCAAAGAUUGUUUUUAAAUAAAGGGCUUGUUUUUGUUUAUAAUUGCUUCUUAUAUAUUGAAUUGCAGGAAUGUCACCUUUUUUAUAUAUAAAAAAAACUUGCUUAAAAGUAUGUUACCGUUGUAGUCAGCCUUGUCUGCCUUUAUUGAUACAGGAUUCACAGAAAGCAAUAGAAAAUUUCUCUCACUUUUACCCUGAUCCAACAAUGGCCUUUGGCAGCGGUAAGAGCUUUUUACAACAUGGAAAAGCAUCUGUACAUGUCUAUUGGCUAUGGAUCCUGCUGCCAACCUGUAGGUAUGGGUUUUGAUGUCAAUAUGCAGGGAGGAUGCACAUGAGAUGCAGAGGUGUUACCCAUUCAUGGACAUUGCAUGUAUAAUGUGAAUGCAAGUUGACGCUCCCAUCUGUCCCUUGAAACUGAUGGGAGAGUGUUUCACCAGAUGCCAUUUGGAUGCUGCAUUUCCAUUGCAUGUUACUAGUUGUCCACAGCAUCCAGCAUCGAGGUGAAAAUGUUAUCUAUUAGGCUAGAAAGUCUUGUGUGUGAUCGCCAGAACUGCUCUGUUCUCGGCCUGUAAACUUCAAUUAUUACGUUUUUAAAUGUAGUUAAGACACGACCUAGACUACACACCCCAGGUUAUGCUAGGACUGGCCAGAUGAUAUCCAUUAUUAGACACAUCCAGAGUAGAUGCAUUCAAAUCAAUGGAUUUUAUUCUAUUGGCUCUAUCUAGCAUUGGAUACCAUCCCAAAUCCAGAGAUCCCUACACAUAGUAGCAUUCCACCAAACCAGUAGCCAGUUCUUUCAGCUUUUAAUGUUCAUCAUCUACUCCAGGCUCUCCAGGUGUUGCUGGAGUAUAACUCCCAUCAGCCCCAGCAAGCAUGGCCGAUGGCCAGGAAUAUUGAGAAUGAUAGUUCAGCAAAACCGGGGGGGGGGGGAGGUUUCCCCAUUCAUGAUCUACUGGACAGAGAGGGAAUGUCUGAAAAUCAGUUCCAUCAAACCCACCCUAACCAAUGGUCAGUAUUUUUAGUAUGCAAACCAAUGCACAAAAUAUCACUGAUGAGCCAGCCAUGAUAGCACAUUCAGUGUUUUGUUUUGGUUUUUUAGCAAAUGCACAAUCUUUCCCCCGGGAUCAAACCCUUCUGUAUUUUUUUUCCGGCAGAAGCUGGAUUUGCACAGCUCUGAUUGGCUAACACUCCUGUGUCGAUCAUGAAGCCAACUCCAAUGAUUUCUUGGAGCAGUUUUUAAAGCAUUAUAAAGAUGUGCCCCUUUUAGAUAUACAGGUGAUAUAAAUAAUUACGCUGCCGAGCAGAUGUGUGAGCAGAUAAAUAGGAAUGAAAAUGUGUGUGGCGUUAGAUCUGGAGGCGGCAUGUGUGUUCUUUGAAGAGCACACUCGAAGCAGCAGAACUCGCCUCGGAGGGGAGCAAUCUGCCCCCAAUUCUGUUUGCAGGUGCAUCUGUAUGCAACCUUAGAGCUCUUAGCAUUGACCAUCUGUUCAAAGUUCACACAGAGUGCAGGUGCCAGAUGGAUAUUUCCUUCUGCAUUGAUGGGACAAUAGGCGUAACUGGCUGCUGUAACAAGUCAUUCAAGAAUUUAU